AUGUCCCGCCAAAUCCACCAACCAAUCCACCCCACCAUCCGCCCCCUCCUCAAUCCCGAAUACAUUGCCUUCCACGACGCCCACUUCCAAUACGUUAUCCCCGACGAGGAACAAACAUGGGAUCCCUCCGCACGCACAGCACCACGACCCUGGCCAUCUACCACACUCGCACAUACGCCGGUCGGCAGCAUACAGGAUAUACCCCUAACCAACUUCCCCAUCCGAAGCUUCACACCCACUGCGCCGAAACCACCCGGCGGAUACCCCGUCUUCAUCUGGUUCCACGGCGGCGGGUGGGCGGUUGGUGGGCUUGACGACGGGAAUGACCUGUGCACGAUGGCAUGUGAGACAGCAAAGUGUGUGGUUGUCACCGUCGGGUAUAGGCUUGCGCCUGAGAAUCCAUAUCCGGCUGCCGUGGAGGAUGCAGUCGCCGCGUUGCAGUGGGUCGCUAGUCCCGAGGGAUCGAGUACUCUUAACAUCGACCCCUCGCGAAUCGCAAUCGGGGGCACGUCAGCCGGCGGGAAUCUCGCUGCUGUUCUAUCACUAAAAGCUACGGCACUCUCCCCUCCCGUCGCCAUCCGUGCGCAGAUCCUCGUCGUCCCCGUCAUCGACAACACGGCUACCGUUGAGACCAUCUGGGCGGCGAACCAGCAUGCGCCUUUACUCACGCCCGCGCGCAUGGAGUGGUAUCGAGCCAUGUACCUCCCCAACGCAUCCGACGCACGGAACUGGGACGCAUCGCCGAAUCUUGCGCCGGUGGGAUUGUUAGCGAAGAGCCCGAGGACGUGGAUUGCGGUUGCGGGGCAGGAUUUGGUUGCGCUGGAGGCGAUGCUGUUUGCAGAGCAGCUGGAAAGGGCGUGGAAAGAAGAAGGAGUUCAGGGACGGGAUGUCACAGUGAAGGUUUAUGAAGGGGGCACGCAUUCGAUUUUGGCUAUGGCUGGUAGGUAUACUUGA